AUGCGAUUUCAAGAGCAAUCUACAACAGCCGUUUGUCACCUGGCGUUACGACUUCCGGAAAUUGUGAACCACAUAUUAUCCUAUUUAGCAGUGCCCUAUCAUUACGAUGAAACGAACAAAACCAAGAUAUACCAGUAUAUACAUCCAUGCUUAUUAGUAAAUUCCCUUUGGCACGAUUGUGCAACUCGCUUGAUUUGGAGAGCGGUGACAUUUGAAGAUAGCAAAUCCGAGUACGAAGCAUUUUUAAAGUUUGCCGGUGUUAUAUCCAACUCCCACAUUAACCAUAAACAUACAAUAUCUCAUCAUUCACAGUAUGCUAAUGCAAUACGGUCGAUCGCACUUCGUAAAAUCAAGGAUAAAACCAUCAAUGAGCCGUUACAACAAAUUAGCCGUCACUCUCAGAAACUUGAAAAACUCGACAUCUACAUCUGCGACCACCUGGCUGAUAGCUCGGUGCAUAAUUUUAUCACAAACAAUCAUCAUUCACUGACUUAUUUAUCACUGGCGGGGUGUAACCGUAUCACGGAUGAUGCGGUUUUGAGCGUGGCCAAAAACUGUCCCAAGUUGGAACAUUUAGAUUUAAGAGCUUGUGGAUUAAUUUCAGAUAUCUCUAUUCAAGCCAUUGCAAUGAACUGUCCGGAUUUACAUCAUUUAAAUGUAGGUAGAGUGAGAGACAGAGAAAAGAUUACGAUGCAAUCCAUUCGUUUGGUAGCGGAAAAUACCAAAGUAGCAGUACUAGGAUUAGCAGGUUGUGAUAUGACGGACGAGUGUUUAAUUGCAUUAGCCAAGUGUCGAGGUAGAGGGCUAGAAAGGAUAUCUGUCAACAAUUGCUACCGUAUUACCAACAAAUCCGUGCAGGCCUAUGUGAAAUACUGCCCUAAUCUAUCGGUAUUUGAAAUGAAGGAGUGUCACUGGAUUGAUGAUUGGUCUUCUGUCGCUGAGCUGGUUCAACGGAAAGUGCUAUUGACAUUGUGUGACCAACAGAAUAGAGCCUGUACAGAAUGGGCACGACAGAGAGGAAGAGUAAUGGAAGUCAAGGCACCUGUGAAAUAG